CCGCGGACCUGGAGGCCGAGGCCCGGGACUUCCUGGAGAAGUUCGACCGGGACGCCACCUCAAAGAUGUACCAGUACUCUCUGGCCUCRUGGGCCUACAACACGGACAUCACCGAGGAGAACUCCGACAAACUGUYGGAACAAGGAGAAAUCUGGAGCUCGUUCUACAGCCAGGCGUCGGAGGAGUCCAGAAAAUAUCCCAUCGAUCAGAUAAACGACCCGAACAUCAAGUUUCAGCUCAUCUCCUUACAGGACAAAGGCUCCGGGGCUCUGAGUCCAGAUAAAGCUGCACACCUGAACGAUGUGAUGAGUGAGAUGAGCACCAUCUACAGCACCGCCACCGUCUGUCUGCCUCACGACCCUCUCGACUGCCAGACUCUGGAACCGGGUCUGGAGGACAUCAUGGCCAACAGCAGGGACUACGAGGAGCGUCUCCACGUGUGGGAGGGCUGGAGGAAGGAGGUGGGGAAGAGGAUGAGGCCGCUCUACGAGGACUACGUGGACCUGAAGAACGAAGCAGCCAAACUAAACGGGUUUGAAGACUAUGGAUCUUACUGGAGAUACAACUACGAGACCAUCGAGGACGACCCUCAGUUCCAGUACAGCCGAGACCAGCUGAUGGAUGAUGUUCGCUCCAUUUACAAAGAGAUCCUGCCGUUAUACAUGGAGUUGCACGCCUACGUGAGAGCCAGACUCAUGGAGGUCUACCCAGGUCAGAUCGAUCCUGAGGGUCCUCUGCCGGCCCACCUGCUGGGUGACAUGUGGGGCAGGUUCUGGACCAACCUGUACCCCCUGUCAGUCCCGUAUCCUGACAAACCCGAUAUCGACGUCAGCAAAACCAUGGUGGAACAGGGUUGGUCCGAGCUUCAGCUUUUUAAAGAAGCUGAGAAGUUCUUCAUGUCCGUGGGUCUGUACAAGAUGUUUGACAACUUCUGGACCGACUCCAUGUUCGUGAAGCCCGACGACGGACGCCAGGUGGUGUGUCACCCCACCGCCUGGGACAUGGGGAACCGAGAGGACUUCAGGAUCAAGAUGUGCACCAAGGUCGACAUGGACAACUUCCUGACGGCGCACCACGAGAUGGGUCACAACCAGUACCAGAUGGCUUACCGGAACCUGUCCUACUUGCUGAGGGACGGGGCAAACGAGGGGUUCCACGAGGCCGUCGGAGAAAUCAUGUCCCUGUCUGCCGCCACACCCAAACACCUGCAGAGCCUUGACCUCCUGCCUGCUGACUUCGUYUACGACAGCGAAACUGAAAUCAACUUCCUGCUGAAGCAGGCUCUGACCAUCGUGGCCACGCUGCCCUUCACCUACAUGUUGGAGGAGUGGAGGUGGCAGGUGUUCGCAGGAACCAUCACCAAGAACGAGUGGAUGAAGGUCUGGUGGGAGAUGAAGAGGGACAUGGUGGGCGUGGCAGAACCAGUUCCCCGAGAUGAGUCUUACUGUGACCCUCCUGCUCUGUUCCACGUCUCUGGAGAUUAUUCCUUCAUCCGGUACUUCACCAGAACCAUCUACCAGUUCCAGUUCCAGAAGGCCCUCUGUGACGCAGCCAAUCAUGACGGUCCUUUAUCAUCAUGUGACAUCACCGGGUCCAAAGAAGCAGGAACCAAACUGAGAAACAUGUUGGAGCUGGGACGGUCCCAGUCCUGGACCAGAGCUCUGCACACCAUAUCUGGACACACCAGGAUGGACGCCCAGCCCCUGAUGGAUUAUUUCCAGAAACUUUACGACUGGUUGAAGGAGGAGAACAAGAAGCACGGCAGUGUCGUGGGCUGGAAACACAGCACAGCUGCAGCUCCACCUUCAGGCUCAGUUAAAGUCAGAAUAAGUUUGCUUGCAGCUUUGGGUGAAAACGCUUAUUCCUGGAACACAAACGAGAUGUUCCUCUUCAAGUCCAGCGUUGCUUACGCCGUGAGAGAGUUCUACCAUCAGACGAAGAAACGCACACUUGACUUUACAUCAGAAAAUGUCCACACCUUUGAUGAAACACCCAGGAUUUCCUUCUACAUAGCUGUGACCAACCCUGAAACUCCAACCGAGUACAUCCCAAAGGCCGACUUGGAGGCAGCCAUCAGGUUAAAACGCGGCCGGAUCAACGAAGCCUUCCAGUUGGACGACCAGACGCUUGAGUUCAUAGGGAUCCCUCCGACGCUGGCGGCGCCCAAGCAGCAGCCGGUGGAGGUGUGGCUGGUGGCGUUCGGCGUGGUCAUGGGGAUCGUGGUGCUGAUGGGCGUCUACCUCCUCACCACCGGCAUCAGGGAGCGCAGGAAGAAAUCGGAGGCGGCAGCGGCCGUGGAGAAUCCUUACGACAUGAACGUGGACGGAGUCAGCAACAAGGCUUACGAGGAAAGUGACAACGAACAAACCGGGUUCUGAGGAGUCCAGAGGACAGAUUUCACCGGAGCUGCAGCCUCUUGUUAAACAUCUCUGUAAAAUGUGAACGGAAUCUGAAAAGCAAAUAAUCACUCAGGGUUUAAUUUAUUUUAGUGUUUUUAUAUAUGAAUGUAAGAGUGGAUAAAUACGGGUUUAGCUUUAAAUCUUUAAAUGCUGUUUACUUGUUUAUUAGAAAAGUUAUUGUUGUUGUUGUUGAGCUCUAAACCAAGGAUCACAGAAUUAAAUCCAUUUAUAGACCAGAAAUAUGAUCAGAAUCUACUUCCUGUCAUUUUACUCCUGAUAGUUCAUCAAAUGUCCUUUAUUAGAGUCAUUUAAAUGUAAGACUAAGUGAUGAUGUCACUAACAGGUMGUCUCAUUUGAUUGGUAUUAUUUUAUUCUUAUGUUGUCACUGCAGAGUGGAGGUCACAGUUAAAUACUGAACAGAGCUUUGGUUUAACAGAGAACUGUAGAAACUCCUCUGCCUCACAUCUGAAUGAUGAAGAGGAAGGAGGAAUCCCACUCCUUGUCUGUCUCAGMCAUCUCCACCAGGUCGCUGUGGGCGAUCUGCAUGAACCAGCCUCGGUACAGCGCCGACUCGAAGCGCCGCUGCUUGGUC